GUUCUAGGCAUCGCUUUUUUGGCAGGAUCAUGGCCAACCCACAAGCGCCUCCAAGAACACUCUUUUCAUAAUAAGGAUUCAUCUCAGGGUGCCAUUUUUCGUUUAAAGGAUUCAUCUUUUCAAGCAAAAUUGUUUGUAAACACAAGUUCCUCAAUUUUGGCUUUGGCGGUUCUCGCCCUGGUCACUCCCGCCGCAUUUAAGAUUGCGUCAACACCUCUUGGAGGAGCAGGAGUUGAUGCUCAAAGCAUUGAAUGUAACUUACAAAACAUUAGCCAUGCAACUGCAAUCAUUCUUAUGCUGGUCUAUAUAGGAUUAUUAUUUUUCCAGUUAAAAACUCAUGUCAAAGAGGUAAUUGAUGCAAAAGAGUAUAAAUGCGAAGAACCUGCAUACCCUUGGUAUUUCGAUUUAUUCUUAAUCGCAAUUUCGAUCGCUGGAAUUAGCUUCUGCGCGAGAUAUCUUGUGGACAGUAUUGAAGUCUUGGGCGAAGAAUAUCAACUUGGAAGUGGUUUUAUUGGCAUAGUGCUGUUCCCACUUUGCGUCGUCUCUAGUUUUAUUGAACAUUAUACAGCUAUAAAGGAUGCGUAUUACGAUCGAGUUGAUACAGCCGUCAGUCUAAUAAUGAACACUUCUGUGCAAAUGGCUUUAUUGGUGACACCGAUUCUAGUAAUUGUUGGUUGGUUUAUGGGUCAUCCGUUGACUUUAGACUUUAAUGUGUUAGAAAUUUCAGUAUUGGCCUGCGCCGUUUUGAUUGUAAACUAUUUGGUUGCGGACAACGAAGCCAAUUGGCUAGAAGGUUACAUGUUAAUUAUAUCUUAUAUUCUUAUCGCAAUCACCUUCUUCUAUUUUCCCACUCCAAUUGAGGCCGAAAAGGAGCAGUUCCAUUGUAGUAUUUGGAGUCGAAACUUAAAUGACUCGUUAUCAUCACAUCAUGG